UGCAUAAAUGUUAUCGUUUUUCACACAGCGAAAACCUAAGCUCAGAAACUAACCAUGUCUAGUCUUCCUUCAGACAUAAUCGCCGACAUCCUCAGCCGACUCCCAGCCAAAAAGCUUUUAUGUGUUAAGUGCGUGUGCAAGCCAUGGUGUCAUCUAAUCGACGGUCCAGAUUUCAUCAAGCUUCAUCUCGAAAAAUCGAUGAAGUCCAACACCAACCAAUCCCUCAUCUUGAAACACUCUCAUCUUUACUGGGUAAGUUUAGAUUCACUUGAAUCAGCUUCAGAAAUCGAUCACCCUUUAAUGUGUUACAAUCACAGCGUUAAGUUACUAGGUUCUUGUCAUGGGUUGCUCUGUAUUUCUAAUAUAGUUGAUGAUAUGGCUUUCUGGAACCCAUCAACGAGAAAACAUAGGGUUUUACCGUUUAUGUCGCUGGAGCUCCGGCGAUAUACGGGUUCUUCCGUGUGUAGUGUUUGUGUUUUUGGGUUUGGUUAUGAUAUAACUAACGAUGACUAUAAGCUUGUUAGGGUUGCCCAGUUUAGGGGGACAGAAAUUUCGUUUGUUGAGUGUGAAGUUAAGGUUUUUAGCCUGAGAAGAAAUAGUUGGAAGAGGAUUAAAGAUAUGCCUUAUGCGUGUCGGUAUCCGGGGACAAAUGGGGUUUAUGCUUGUGGUGCUUUACAUUGGAUAGUGAGUAGAAAUUGUAGUUCUGGGGAUUUCCAUAGAAAUGGUAAUUCUGGAGAUUUCAAUGUUGUUGUUGCGUUGGAUUUAGCUGCUGAGGACUAUAAAGAGGUGGCGCUGCCGGAGUUUGGGAGUAAGAAUUUUAAUUUGGACGUGGGAGCGUUGGGCGGGUGUUUGUGUGUGGUUGCAAAUUUUUCGAAUGUUCGGUCUGAUGUAUGGGUGAUGAAAGAGUAUGGAGUGAAGGAUUCUUGGGAUAAAUUACUUUCAGUUACGCGAGAACAAAUGUGUGGAAUUGGGAGAUCUGUAAGGCCUUUGGGUUAUUCUAAAGGAGGCAGUGAGGUUCUCCUUGAGCAGGAUAGAAUAAACCUUUUUUGGUAUGAUCUGAAAAAGAAGACAGUUAAGGAUGUUGUGAUUCAUGGUACGCCCAUUUCGUAUGAAGUGGAAAUUUGCUUGCAAACUCUUGUUUCAGUUAAUAUUAGUAAAAGAGAUUUGGGAAAGAAUCAGGGAACAGCAGACCAUGACAAGAAUGUAAAGAAGAGGGAUGAUUUCUUGUCUGAGGGUUUCAAACUGGUGCUAUAGCCAAGUAUAGAAAGAAUGGGAGCUGGAGCGCAAAAAGAAUACAUCUGAGUUGUGUUCCAGAACCUGUAGUGGCAAUAGCUUUCCUAGCUGUUUCUUCAGCACAGGGACCCGUAUUGAGAGAAAAUCAUCAUGGAGGGGGUGAUACAUGCUGUGAAUUUUUUAAUUCUCACACCUUAGACCACCAAAUCCUGGAAGAUAGACAGGCUGAGUUCCAGUUGCUGCCCAGAUCAUCUUCAAAUGUUUCUGCUCAUGAACUAUCUCAAGCAGUAGUUACGGAAUGUCUCUCUGGAAUUGCAGUUACUCUAUUUUCUGUUAAUAAAUUACUGUGUUCUGUAAUUGCUAUGCAUGAUUAGAUUUGUAAUUAGUAGUGUUGGAGUGCCAUGUGUUUUUAUGAGGCUUGAAAAGAAGAAUAUUAGUAUAUUACCUGUAAUGCAUAAGAAAUGUUCAUUAUGUAAUGUACUUCAGUCUCUUAUUAUAUAGAGAUUAACACUCAUUGAGCUUAAUUGGCGAACAACAUUUCUCAAA